AUUACUGAAAGAAAGAUUAAGGAAAGUAAAUUGCACAUGGAAUCAAGUUUUGGAUCUUGUGAUGGUUUUAUUUAUUUGUUAUUUUUUUCUUGGGAGUGUUCAGAGAGAAGACAAAACAACAGAAACUGAGAAACACCAACCUAGAAGGAGGAUGGUAAAGACCAAAGAGUGACUCCACAUUCCUUAUUUAUCUUGUCUACUCCAGAGGCAAGAAUCCUUAUCAAAUCCCUUUCUUGGUUUUGUAUUUUUAUUUGUUUUCAAAGAAAGAAAGAAAGAAACAGAUGAAGUGAUUCCUAUAAGAUCUGCAAGUAAUAAGAGAAAACUUAGAGAAGAGCUACAAUGGAUAGUGUGGUUCAGUUGCAAAGACAGUUAGUUGACUACACAGCUUCACUUUUCCAUGAGGGAUUCUUGGAUGAACAGUUUAAUCAACUUCAGCAACUGCAAGAUGAAAGCAACCCAGAUUUUGUGGUUGAAGUUGUAUCUCUUUUCUUUGAAGAUUCAGAAAGGCUUCUUAAUGAACUGGCCAAAGCUCUAGACCAGCAAAGUGUAGAUUUCAAAAGAAUAGAUGCUCAUGUUCACCAGUUGAAGGGUAGCAGCUCUAGCAUUGGUGCUCAGAGAGUUCAGAAAGUCUGUAUUGCCUUCCGAAACUACUGCGAUGAGCAGAACACUGAAGGGUGCCUAAAAUGCCUGCAACAAGUGAAGCACGAGUACUCCCUAGUGAAAACCAAGCUUGAAACUCUGUUCAAGCUUGAGAGACAGGUCCUGGCAGCUGGAGGAUCAAUUCCUUUGCCUAUCUGAUGAAGUGAUUAAAAACAGGCAAUAGCAGGCAAAAUGGGAUUUUGGAUAUGUAGAGGAGAUUUCCUUUUCUAUCUUCAUUGCUUCUUUUCCAUUUUCCAUCGACUACUUAAGCUCUAAAGUGUUCCAUCAGCUUUUUAGCAUAAGUUUGUACUAUAUGCAAUGUAUGAGCAAUGACAAAGAAUGUGAAUAAACCCUCCCGUUGAGCUUUGUUCUUUA